UGGUGCGCACCAGUCAACCUUUGAGCAACUACUUCCUGAAAGGGUCGCGUCAUACGAUACACCUCUUUCAUGUCACUUCUAAAGAACUCCUUAAAGUUGUUGUUGGAUUAAAGCGUGACGAACGGGACAAAGUAGCAAUCCCCUGUUUGCUGCUAUCAUGUCAGACCUCAGAGAAGAUGGUGUACUCGAGAGCGAUUCCAUGGUCGACUACUCCCAAAUGAGCGACCGUCUCCAUUCAUUCAACGGCUCCACUCUGGCAGAGCAGGUGCCCCCAGAGCGACUGGCCCGGGCUGGAUUCUACUACACUGGUCCUGCCGAUCGGGUUCGCUGUUUCAGCUGUAGGAUGAAUGUGGAAAACUGGUGCCAGGGAGACAUACCUGUAGAGAGGCAUAAGGAGGUUUCCCCAUUGUGCAAGUUCCUCAGCUGCACCCAUCGCACCAAUUUCCAGCACAGUACACAGCUAACGGGCUCCAGAUACAAUGAAGUUGACGAAGACAUGGAAUAUCGUUUGAGAACAGGGGAGGUGGUCGAUGAGUCCACCUACCCAAUGGUCCCUCAUAUGAGGAGGGAAGAGGCCAGACGUCAGACUUUUUCCACCUGGCCAGCCACUGCUCCUGUGACACCCAGCGAUCUGGCGCAAGCUGGCCUUUACUACCUGGGCCAAGGUGACCAGGUUCAGUGUUUUUGCUGCGGCGGCAUGCUUGGUGGCUGGGAAGCAGGAGACGCGGCCUGGGGUGAACACGGCAAACAUUUUCCCACCUGCUUCUUCAUCCUCGGCCAUGACGUGGGAAACGUCCCAUCCGAGGGGGGCACGGGACUGGAGAAUCCUCGCAGUGCACCUCAAGGCAACACUUAUAUCCUUAUGGGGAGUUUCCAAGAGAGGCUGCGCAGCUUUGCAGGGAUUCAGCACCCAAUAGAUCAUGUUCGACUAGCAAGGGCUGGCUUCUACAGCACAGGGGAAAGAGACAUGGUGAUGUGUUUUCAUUGUGGUGGAGGAUUAAAAGGCUGGGAGCCUGAUGAAGACCCGUGGGAAGAGCAUGCCAAAAGUUAUCCUGGAUGCAGCUUCUUGUUAGCAGAGAAAGGACAAGAAUUUAUCAACACCAUCCAGCUGCAAGGUCCUCAACAAAACAAAAAUACCUCAAGUCAUCAGAAUGGAUUUACAGCAUACCACAAAGAUGAUGACCCAUUGGAAACAUUACGGAAACUGCAGAGGGAAAAACAGUGCAAAGUGUGUAUGGAUCGAGAUACUUGUGUCGUUUUCAUUCCGUGCGGUCAUCUGGCCACCUGUGAGGAAUGUUCAGAGACGCUUAUUAGGUGUCCAAUUUGUUGCGGGGCCAUUACGCAGAAGGUAAAAACUUACAUCGCUUAAGAAAUAUUUAGUUUUUCCGAUAAAGCUUUCUGUGCUGCGUUCUUACAAUCCCUGACUGUGUUUUAAUGUUAAGUGUAGAUAGCCUGUAAUAUUGCAAAAGACGGGACAACAACAAAUAGUGGCUAUUGAAAAGCAAAUCAAGAGUAUAUUAUAAAAUAUUUUUAAAUAGGGGUAUAAUUAGUGCAGAAACAUUAAAUAUUUUUUUCCCACGUUCCAUUCCAGAGGUGCCUUUGACUGCUUUUCAUUUGAUGUGUUUAGAACAGCUCAAAAUUACCUAAUGACUUACUGUAUUUAUCUUGAAUUCAUUUGUGUGAUUUUUUUAUUAAUAAAUAAUUUUACGUUUA